UCCUUCAAUUCCCUGUAUCAGAACUUGAGAGGCAUAGUUAAUCUUCGUUUGCAGAGAAGAAACAAAAGAAAAUGUGCGGUACAAAACAGGCAGCAAUUAACGGACACUCUUCUUCCUCUUCUCAUUCUUGUAUCGAAGCGAAGGAGAACGGCGUAACCAAGAAGCUCCCCUCCGACUCUGUCAUCAACCUUGACCAUGGCGAUCCGAAGAUGUUCGAGUCAUACUGGCGAAGGAUGGGAGACAACUGUGCGGUGGUGAUCACGGGUUGGCAAUCGUUGAGCUACUUCUCCGAUAUCACAAGUCUGUGUUGGUUUCUGGAGCCAGAGUUGGCGGAAGAGGUCAGGCGACUGCAUCGGUUGGUGGGGAAUGCUGUUACCGAAGAUCGUCACAUUGUGGUGGGCACCGGUUCGACGCAGCUCUUUCAGGCUGCGCUCUACGCUCUAUCUUCUCCGGAUGCAGAUGAGCCUAUGAGCGUCGUUUCCGCCGCUCCUUACUACUCCUCGUAUCCGACAUUGACAGAAUUCUUGAGGUCCAGACUCUACAGAUGGGCCGGUGACGCACAUGGCUUCGACGGAGAUAAACCUUACAUAGAACUCGUUACCUCCCCAAAUAACCCCGAUGGGUUCACCAGGAAAACUGUGAUUAACCGGAGGGGAGGAAAGGUGGUCUAUGACCUAGCUUACUACUGGCCACAAUACACACCAAUUACAAUUCAGGCAGAUCACGAUCUCAUGCUAUUCACCGUCUCCAAAAGCACUGGACAUGCUGGAUCACGCAUUGGGUGGGCACUUGUCAAGGACAAGGAGGUAGCUAAGAAGAUGACCAAGUUCAUUGAGCUCAACACAAUAGGUGUGUCCAAGGACUCACAGGUUCGGGCGGCAAAGCUUCUGAGAGCCGUGUCUGAUAGUUGCAAACAAUUGGGGUCCCAAGGCUCAGUGAACUUCUUUGACAAUUUCAGACGCCUCAUGAUCAAUAGAUGGGAGUGUCUGAGAAACGUUAUUAGAGGAAAUGACCUUUUUACUUUGCCGGAGUACCCCAAGGAGUUCUGCAACUUUGCCGGAGAAUUCACGGAAGCACAUCCCGCUUUUGCUUGGCUGAAGUUUAAGGAGGAGAUAAAGGACAGCGAGAGUUUUCUAAGGGCCCAUAAGAUCCUAACGAGAAGCGGGAAGCACUUCGGAGUGAACAAAACAUACGUCAGGAUUAGCAUGUUGGAUCGGGAGGAGAAUUUUGAAAUCUUAUUGGAGAGGUUAUCCAAAAUUUCAGCAAAGCAACAGGAGAAUGGGCCGAGUUUAAGAGCUUCGUAGGUUGUCUGUAGGAUUAGCUCUUAUCUGACUUGCUUUCCUUUUCUGUUGUUUCGGACCUUUCAAUCGAUGUGUUUGUGAAUUGUAAGUUGGGACUGUCAUGUGUUUGUAAGUUGUGGCCAUUAUGUGUUUGUAAGAUGCGACUGUUAUGUGUUUUUUUUUUUUUUUUCAAGUUGUAAGUUUGUGAAUUGUAAUAAGUUGUGACCGUUUUGUGUUCUCGUAUUUACUUGGAAACGUCCUUGUUCUCUUUCUUGCCAGCCGCCAGCUUCCCGGAAAGAAAGCCCAAAGUGAAUAAUUGGAUACUUGAAACUCUUUCAUAACUAGUGAAUGGUCGCCACGAUAAUUUGC